CGUGCAAUUCACAUAGCGAGGAAAGAAAUAACCCUGUGUUGGAAGGGAAAGCAUGGAUCUUUACUUCUAAGCCAGAGCCAAGUUAAUAGACGAACUGGGAUAACUGGCUGCUGUAUAAAGAUGGAGCUAUCAAUGGAGAUGAACAACUCCCACUGAAGGAACCUAGGUUCAUGAAUCAAGGGGAGAAGAGACGUUGGAGUAUUUGAAAACUUUUGUUCAUGCUGCUAAAUUCUGUCCACUCUUUGAUAUCAUCAAAGCCGUAAUUACGAUUAUAUUUGAGAAACAGGAAUAAUAAUUUGCAGACACCAUGAGGUUUAUCUUUAUUGGCUUAAUUUCUCUCUGCAUGCUGAUGAAUGCAUUAACAGAUGCCCGGCCAGUACAGGAUGAAGACGACCCGUAUGAGGAACCUGCAGCCCUACCAUAUUGGCCUUUCUGGUCCAGUGAUUUUUGGUCGUAUGUGGAGUAUUUCCAGACCCUGGGAGCAUACAACAGAAUCAACGAAAUGGCCAGAACCCUGUUUGCUCAAUAUCCUUUUGGAAAUAACCUUGGUUAUGAUGUUCCCUAUCAUGAGCACUAAUGAUUUUGCUCAUUUUGCUAAAGCUAGUGCUGAGACCUUUAAAGGAAUGUACUGCUGCCAGUAAACAUGCCUGAAUUGCCCAUUUAGUCUAUGUUGUUUCAAUGUUUUUAAACAUUAAACAUAUUGUAUAGCGUUUCCAUGUUUGUAAAACGGCAGAUAAUUAGUCCAGCUUUUCCUUUCAAUACAGUGUAUUCUUUUGUGCAAAAAUUAAAAAUUCAUUGAUUUCAA